UUCUUUUCAUAAACAGCGAAACUGAAAGUACAGAGAAUAUUUAUUGUUGUGGUGUGGGUGCCCUGGCUGUCAGGCUAUGUCUGCUCAGCUGCACAGUGACCCCCUUACCUUGGGGAGCCUGCCGAAUCGGGAAGAGGAGGGCAGCUUCCUGUUACUGGAUGAAGAUGAAAACCUUAAGGUGCAACAUUUGUCUGACUUCCUCAACAAACUGCAAUGUAACCAAAACAGCUCAGUUAAAGUCCUCUGUAUUUUUGGCAACACUGGUGAAGGCAAGUCUCACACCCUUAAUGAGACAUUUUUUGAGGGUCGGCAGAUAUUUAGAACUUCACCAUCUCAGUUCUCCUGUACUGUGGGAGUUUGGGUUGCUUAUGAUCCAGUGCUGUCCUUGGUUAUUUUGGAUACAGAAGGUCUUUUGGGUACUACAAACAAACAGAACCAGAGAAUGAGGCUUCUCAUCAAAGUCCUAGCUGUAUCAGAUGUGGUGGUCUACAGGACACGAGCAGAAAGGCUGCACAAUGAUAUGUUCCAGUUCCUUGGAGAUGCUUCAAAUGCUUACUUGAAGUAUUUUACUCCAGAAUUCAAGUCAUUGUCUAGUCGAUGUGGACUUGAUGUUACAUUGUCCAGUCUGGGUCCAGCCCUUAUUAUCUUUCAUGAGACAUCAAGGACAGAUCUGCUGGGCCAUGGCCGUAAGACUCCUGGACAAGCAGAGCUUGAACUUCAGAAAAGAUUCCAUGAACUUGGUACCACACCAGAAGCCUAUAGUUCUAUUCGAUAUGUUGGUGUGAAAACUGUGAUACGACCUACAAAUUUCUCUGCGCUGAAUGAAGCUGUGAGGAAGCAGGUCUUGGACACAUCUACUCGCUCAUCCCGUCCUCUUUCCCAUGUUUUUACUGCUCUGCAGAGGCUGACUGAGCGCUUCUUUGGCAGUAUCCCAGAAAGCCAGAUUAAUGUGAUUUCCAUCUUUCCUGAUGAGUACUUCACCUGUUCCUUGCAUUGCCUCAGCUGUGGCUCUCGAUGCAAGAAUAGAAUGAACCACUUAAAGGAUGGUGUCCCGCAUGAAGCAAACAGUCUUUGUCAGUACACUCAUGAGUACGCCAAUAAAGUUUUCAUUUGUAAGAGAUGCUAUGAAGGAGGGAAAGAGGAGAUUGUAAUACCUAAAACUGUUGCUUCUAGAGACAACCCCUGGAUGGGACUAGCAAAAUAUGCCUGGUCUGGAUAUGUCCUUGAGUGCCGUGUAUGUGGUAUUAUCUACCGGAGUCGACAGUACUGGUAUGGGAACAAAGACCCUGAUGGAUCCAUAGUACGGCAGGAAGUGCGGCAUGUUUGGUCCCGGGAUGAUGAAUACACUGUGGACCAUCAUAAUGCUGCUCAGCGCUUACUGGAUGGGGUCACUAUCGUUGUCCAGACUGUGAAUAACUACAGUAUUGGCCCCAAAACAACAGUCACUUCCUGGCUGACUGAUCAAGUGGCUCCUGCAUACUGGAGACCCAAUUGUGAGAUCAUAGAGUGUUAUGGCUGCAAAAGAGUUUUUGAGUUGACUGAGAGGAAGCAUCACUGCCGAGCCUGCGGAGAAGGAUUUUGUCAUGACUGCUCAGACCAAACUGUGUCCGUUCCUGAAAGAGGCUGGGGCUUAUCUCCUGUGAGAGUCUGCAAAAAAUGCCACAGUCUGCGGAAAGUUAAAUGUCCAGAUAUGACAGAAGAUGAUGGAAGGAAUUUGUUACCUCGCAAGGUGACAGAGAUGGCUCAAAGUUCCUUUGAUAAAGUGUCAAGUGUAUUGGAGUAUCCGCUGGGAUUCAUGAAAGAGGCUGCACGUCCUAGUUAUUGGGUGUCAGAUGAUGAGAUUUCUGGAUGCCAUGAGUGUAAAAAGCCUUUCACCCCAAAGAUGUCAAAACACCACUGCAGGGCAUGUGGACAGGGUUUCUGUGAGUCAUGUUCAAGUCACAGACAGCCAGUACCUUCUCGAGGUUGGCAUCACCCUGUCAGAGUUUGUGAUUUAUGCUUUAAGAAGAAAGUGGAGCUUUGAGGUGAACAGUCUUGGAACUGUAAAACAGAUGUUCAUUUGUAGCAAGGUUUGGUAGCACGAAACCUGAUGUCUUUAAUUAAGAAAAUGACCAUCAUGAUGUUUGGGAUUAAAAAUGCUUACUUGAUUCCUACAAAUUCCAUUGCCUAGAUUUAGACACAAUGUGUGCCAUGGGGCUCAUUUAACAAUUCCACAGGCAGGCAGUAAGUACAGGACUCCUCUGUGUCCAGUGCCCCUAAUGCAUCUUUGCUUGUGCAUCUAAAUGACAAAAAGCUAGGGGUUGUUCCAGGGGACAAUGAAAUUCCUCUAACCUACAGCACCCAAUGGAUGCAGCACCACAGAUCACAGACAUUGUUGCAUUCAAAGGCUGGUGCACCUCUAUAUACUCCACACUAGAAAUUUAAAAUUGGUGCCUCAGGGCAAAACCCAUGGAUCAAAUUGUAAAGUGUAAAACAUCUAACCUUGCACUUUGUUCAGUAAAUAAAGCCUUAAAGAAAUACUGUCAUGGGAAACAUGUUUUUUCAAAACACAUCAGUUAAUAGAGCUUAUCCAGCAGAAUCCUGCAUUGAAAUUUAUUUUCAAAAACACAAACUUUUUUAAUGUUUGAAAUUUCACAUGGGGCU